AUGGCGGCUCUCCCUGACAAUCCUCGUAAUGGAGAUACUUUUGGAGUAAGCUCUCAUGGCGGAAUACUACACAAUGGAACGCGCAAUUUCACUCACUAUGGAGACCUCCAUAUUACGUAUGUCAAGUCAUCAGACGAGCAAUUUGACCAGAUUUGGGGUGAUCGAGAAACGAUAAUUCGAUCAGCUAACCCUAUUUUUGACGAUGCUAUUCCAAUAAAGCUGCCCUUGGUGAACAAAAGCAUGAGACAUGAAAAGUCGCUAGACUCUGUAAAGAAAUUUGGCCCAAGGAGUGCAAAGACCCGUCGUAGAGAAUCGCAAAAGAGUAUAGAGACCGACCACCUGGAAAAGGUGCUUGGACUUGACCAUGACUUGACUAGCCUGUCGGAAGCCGGUGCAGCUCAAGGAACUCCAGAACCUCCAGAACAAGUUCCAUUGAUUCCACAGGCCGAGGAAGCAUCUCGACCCUAUCAUCAAUUUAUGCAGCAGCUUAGACAGGAGCGGCAGCGAAUGAUAUCAGAUGCACAUAGUGGCUGGAAUCUGACAUCUCCUGGAAUUAAUACCGAAGCUGCUGCUAGAGUCAAGGAAUCAUGGAAGAAUCACGGAAUUUGGAACGAUCGAUGGGGCACUCUUCCUGGCAUGGCUUGGAAGCACGAGACCACUCAGACUACACAGGAUAAUAUGACUAGAAGGAGAGGGCUAGCAAGCUUCUUAACAUCAUUUAGAACUCGACAUCGAAACUCUUGA